AGAGAAUCAGCUUCUGCCUGUGAGAGAGAUUGUGCCCCGUUACUGUAACCCUAAGAGGCACAGAAGCCCCAGAAGCUGACAAUUCUCUGAUUCUUUGGAUAAAGACAAGAGGCCAUUAGACCGUGCAACUUCUCCAACACCAGGAAAUCCACACAUUGGGGAGAAAAAUCUGUAUCCGACUGAGAAAAAGCUUUAGUGCAAUGAGCAUUCCCAACUCCCAGAUGGAACUUCCCUCAGUGGCACCACAUGAAUGCCCAGAAUGUGGGAAAAGAUUCUCAGGAAGAAACAAACUUACUAUUCAUUACAGAGUUCACACUGGGGAGAAACCAUUCAUGUGCACGAAAUGUGGGAAAAGUUUCAGGGAAAAGCAUCGGCUUACAGAACACCAAUUAAUUCACACUGGGGAGAAACCAUUCAUGUGCACGGAAUGUGGGAAAAGUUUCAGGAAAAAGCAAAGCCUUACAGCACACCAAUUAAUUCACACAGGGGAGAAACCAUUCAUGUGCACGGAAUGUGGGAAAAGUUUCAGGCAAAAGCAUCAGCUUACAGCACACCAAUUAAUUCACACAGGGGAGAAACCAUUCAUGUGCACGGAAUGUGGGAAAAGUUUCAGGCAAAAGCAUCGGCUUACAGCACACCAAUUAAUUCACAUGGGGGAGAAACCAUUCAUGUGCACGGAAUGUGGGAAAAGUUUCAGGCAAAAGCAACUCCUUACACAACACCAAUUAAUUCACACAGGGGAGAAACCCUAUGCAUGUACAGAAUGUGAUAAACAAUUCCAUAAAAGGAGAAGCCUUCUCAGCCACCAGAGGAUUCAUACAGGGGUGAAACCAUUUGUGUGCAUGGAAUGUGGGAAAAGCUUCUCCAACAAGACCUACUUUCAGAGACACCAGAGAAUUCACACAGGGGAGAAACUAUUUUCUUGCACAGAAUGUGGGAAAUGUUUAAUCACAAAAAGCCAGCUUGGCAACCAUUACAAGGUUCACACAGGGGAGAAACCAUUUUCUUGCACAGAAUGUGGGAAACGUUUCACCACAAAGACCAAGCUUGGCAGCCAUUACAAGGUUCACACGGGGGAGAAACCAUUUUUUUGUACAGAAUGUGGGAAAAGUUUCACCACAAAGAGCCAGCUUAACAGCCAUUACACGGUUCACACAGGGGAGAAACCAUUUUCUUGCACAGAAUGUUGUAAAAGUUUCACCACAAAGAGCCAGCUUAACAGCCAUUACACGGUUCACACAGGGGAGAAACCAUUUUCUUGCACAGAAUGUGGGAAAAGUUUCACCACAAAGGCCAAGCUUAACAGCCAUUACACGGUUCACACAGGGGAGAAACCAUUUUCUUGCACAGAAUGUGGGAAAAGUUUUGUUUCAAACGGAAACCUUACCAAACACCAGAGAAUUCAUGCGUGAGAGCAACUUUCAUGUGUAGGGAAUUCGGGAAACCUUAUUCUACAAAAGUCCAACCAGCAACUCCGUCAUCCCCACCGGGGAGAAACCAUUCACUUGCACAGAAUGGGGUUUCCCCAAUAGAAGGUUUCAUCACCUCCCCCAGAACAUUCAUACAGGGGAAGAGAUACAGUCACUGAUUUCUCCUCCAUAUUCUCCCAUUCCAACAUUGCCUAUUGGCCAUUGGAGCUGCCAAUCAUAUCUGUAGGUACCAACCCACACACUAUGGGGUUAUUUGUAUGUAAAAUAUAUUCCUCAAUAAAUGUAAUGCAAUA